AUGGCCGAUUAUUACGCACGUUGCGGGGAAGCGAGAUCGGUGUCCGACGGCGAGUCCGACGGCGAACGACGGCUUCGGCGGAGUCGGCGUAAGCGCGGCGGCACCACGACUCGCUACAAACCCAACGGUUUGUCGCCGGAAUACGUCGAGGAGGACGAAAAUGAAGAGAAGGAGGAGAGGAGCAUGAAGAAGAGGAGGAAGAAGGCCGACAAGCGCGACAGGUAGGUCCACGGUCCACGAUCCGUUGGGGUCCAGAGUCAGUCGUCCGGACCACCCACCCUAUGUUAUUACUUCAACGAUCGCUUUCAGAUACGGAAUGGCUCCGCCGAACAGCACGCAGUUCCUUCUGGAUGAUCGGGAAGCGAGAGCUGAUGUCGAGUACGAGGUUAGCCAACUUUUUUAGAAAGCAUUUUCUGCCUCAUAUUCGUAACUAUGGAACAUUUCAUAUUCCUUUUUUUUGCGUUUCCAUAGUUUUCCCUUCCUAUAGAAUAAUAGAACACAAGUGUUAUAUUGUUAGGCCGCCCAUGUGUAUAGAAAUGAAUGUGAAAAGCAUCAAUUUCGGUUUUUUUUCUUAAAUCGCUAACAAGAAAAUUUACGUGUUUUUAUCUUUCGCACAUACAAUUUUUCGCACUUUUCAUGUCAUUUGACAAUAUUUUCGUACGUGGUAGCCGCACGUGGUUACACCCGAUCUUAUCGAUCUGUGACUUUUCACACAUGACUUAAUGCCGCGUCCAAAGUGUCGGUAAAAACCGUAAAAACCGCAGGUUUUUCUUUCCAAAGUCGGCCGAAAUUUGCGUGAAAAACGGGGGUGCGCACAGCUCAAUGAAUGUAACCGUACCCCUAAAACUACGGUAUUUUUUGAAAAUUUGCGCAUUAAAUUUGAAUAUUUUCAAAUAACCUCAAUAAAUUAACAAAUUUUCAAAAAAUACCGUAGUUUUAGGGGUACGGUUACAUUCGUUGAGCUGUGCGCACACCCCCGUUUUUCACGCAAAUUUCGGCCGACUUUGGACAGAAAAAUCUGCGGUUUUGACGGUUUUUCCGAGACAUUGGACGCGGCAUAAAGUAUCCCCUCCACGCUGACUUUUCUGCCGUCAUUUUGGGACCACGGGGCGUGUCCAUAGAAACAUUUUUCAUGUAGCUACUAGGAUGUAUACUGUCGAUUUACAGAACGAGCAAAAGUUCGAGGCGGCAGAACGUCGACGCAUUCGAUCGAUGAGCGGAAGUUUGGAGCACUUUUCGCGGAACGCCGAGCCGACGACGACGACGACGACGACGACGUUGCCAACGAUCGCGACGGGCGGAACCGCGUGCGGAAGCAGCGACGGCAGCGUUUCCGGCGAGGAAAACGAGGCGGCGGACCGCGAGCGGGAGCGCGAAUUCGAGACGGACUAUUUGGAAGUGAAGCGUGAACGCAUUCAAAGUAUGACCAAGUCGCAGGUACGAAUCGGGUGUUGCUUAUCGUGUUUGGAAUCGGGAGCGGGUCGAACGGUUUACUGGCAAAGAUUGUGAGUAAAAACAUUUUUGAGCACUGGCUGUACGUUUUGUUUCUUUUCGAAAUCAACCUUAUUUGCCCAAACAAAACUGUUGCUAGACGAAAAAAGAAUCGAAAGGUGCAAAUUGGCUCAAGGCCAAUUUUCCGGAAUGCUCAAAGAUCUGACUUGUUCAGGUGACACUAUUUUGCAACCUUUUGACAAUGAUAUGGCCUAAAAUCCUUCAAAUCUUUGCCAGUAAACGUUCCUAGUGGGGGGUUUUUUAAAAAAAUAAAUACUAGUCUUCUCAAAGGUAAGUCUGGAGCCAAAAAGGUAGCAAAAAGCAAGUGAACCCACGUACGAAUCUUAUAGAAAACCAGCGAGGUCCACACAAACACACACGUACGUCCACAGGGCUCUCUUCUCCUCUCAAACAAACACAAACCCACACAGACACACACCAGACACAGGUUGUGAAGGCGUCGAGAAAGAAUUGAGAAGGAGACCCACAGAUUCUGGACUCGAUUAUUCAACUCUCCCAUCCCAUACACACACACAUUUUAUCCCAUUUAUAUUGCCCGCCAUCAUUUUUCUUUUUUUCUCUCACACUCUCUCUCUCUCUCUCUCUAUCACUCUUUUUCUCUCUCACUUUUUCGAAAACCACACACUGCCGGGGACGAUAGUUGUUGGAGAGUAUCUAGGAUUAUUAUUAUUAUUGACCACUCCGAGCCAAGUGUGAGCAAAUAUGCACUGUUACGAUAUAGAACUCGAGUUCUAUUUCGUUGUAGCGCCUUCCAAAUCUGGCCGAGUUUCUCAAUGCCGUGAACUAAUUUCUAGUUGUUCUCCACUGCAAUUUGCCGUGCAAAAAGCGUUUCUCAACAGAGCGCGAUUGCAGUGAAACGCAAUGUUUCGUGGAAACUUGUCAUCAAAGCGCAUUUGCUGCCACACACUCGACUCGAACGGACAAUAUUAUCGUCGUUCCCCGGCGACCAACUAAAAAGGGUUCACCCGGCCACAGACCGCCGCCGCUACGAGAAGACCUGACAGCUUGCGGGGGGGGCGCGGCCAACCAACACCCAAUUUUUUUGCCGUUUUUGCGCAGAGCUGACGCGAAAAGCUUUAGGAUUUUUGAUUUUUGACAUAUCUUGGCUAGGAGUGUCUAGUUUGAGAGUUUCAGCACGCGCGCGCGCACGCAUUGCAGCGGAUUAUAGCAUGAACUGGAGAUUUAGCGAUUCGCAACUCGUGCUUCUUCUAGUUUAGAUAAUCACACUCCACGCCAAGAUUGAUGAUAAUUGUGAAAAGCCAUUUCGCUCAGGCCUGCUGCACGCCUUUUCGUUACCGUUUCUCGAUUUUUUUUUCCUUAAAAAACCGCCAAAAAACCAUGCUAAACCUACUCGUAUUUCAGCUGGCACAAGAGCUGCUCGAACGGGACCACGACACGCAGUUGCUGGCGCAAGAGCUCGGAUCGAAGGAAUCGGAAAACCGGCACCUUCGCCAACUGCUCUCCGCGCACGGAAUCUGUCCGGACGCGCCCGUCUCCUCGUCGACGUCGUCGCCGCCGUCGCCGCCGCAACAAUGCCACGUGGCAUCGUCGUCGAAAUCGCCCGAAAUCACGGCCCAAUGA